AUGUUUGCUGAAGAAGUUACAGCAAUCGAAAGGAUGUGGAACCUGGUAUUUCUUAUAGCUGUCGUACAGUUAUGUCACGUGACGACGAAGUCUAUAGAGCCCACGGAACCGCCCCUGUGGUUCUAUCCACUGAGUGAUUUGCUUCGACAGGCACAGGCAGAAGAAAAAUCUGGAAAUAGUGACGAUUCGGAAGAUUACAUUAAAAAUAUCUUGGAUAACGGUGACAGCGAAGCCCUGUUGACGGAAAAGAGGGCCUUGUCCAUGUUUGCACGGUGGGGUCCCGUGAAUUCUCUGGGCAAGGACAGGAACCCUAUCAGGAGCGAGUACAGGACGAAGAGCUUAGAAAAUAUCAGUACACAAACAAGGGGAAGAAUAAUGGGUCAACCGCUGAGAUGGGGUUAAAAUCACCCCAA